CUUAUGUUUGUGGAUCCGCUUGUCAUGUGAGUUCGGCGACUGCCUAAACAAUAACAGUACAUUUUGUUUUUAGGGUAAAAUAUAAGUUAUUUUACUUUUGCCAGAAUGCUCUCCCGUUUAUUAAAAGAACAUCAAGCUAAACAAAACGAAAGAAAAGAGUUACAAGAGAGGAGGCGACGAGACGCUAUAGCAGCUGCCACAUGUUUAACAGAGGCUUUGGUGGAUCAUCUCAAUGUAGGGGUGGCGCAGGCCUACGUCAACCAGCGCAAACUGGACCAUGAGGUGAAGACUUUGCAGGUGCAAGCUGGUCAGUUUGCCAAGCAGACCUCUCAGUGGAUCAGCAUGGUGGAGAACUUCAACCAAGCUUUAAAGGAAAUUGGAGAUGUGGAGAACUGGGCCCGAAGCAUCGAGAUGGACAUGAGGACGAUCGCGACAGCUCUGGAGUAUGUGCACAAAGGCACGGCGCAGCCCGCAACCUCAUGAGCAAACAGAUUUUCCCACUACUAGUGGGCUGAAGCUUGAAGACUUUUACCCUUUGGGUACCUCGAAUCCUGGAGACUUUUGUUUAAGACAUUUGUGUCUUAUUUAUUCUAGUAAAACUGCUGCACCGGCUGUUUUUUCUGAAAUAUCGGUUAUUUUUUAUUUACGUUUUCUAAUGUCAAUGCAUUUGCAAAAUAAAAACUUCUGUUGUGUUAUA